AUGAAGCUUCACAUUAUCCUGGAUCACAUGGUUCCAAAUAUACGAUUCGAAAGCAGCCCAAUGCUGUCAAGUGCGGCUCCAUUUGAACGUCUCAACCAAUCACUUGGACGAAACACAGAUGUUUAUACAACUCGAUCUCUCAUCGACAUGACAACAAAGUUCAUGGCGUCGCAUCGGGCUAACUAUUAUUGUGAGAAAUCUGUCGACUCUUCGGAGUUUCUGUUCCAUGAUUUUCCUUGUGCUGGAACUAAAGAUCCUGUUAAGUUAAAAAAGUCGUCAGAGCCUUCAUCGUGCUGCAGAAAGUCGCCAGAACCUCUAACUUGCUGCAGAAAGUUGAACGAGUUUACCGAGUACUAUAGCUUCAUAAUUCCCAUAUCACCGAAUAAACAAAUGAGGCUUUGA